CAGCGGCUCAGCCCAUAGUUGGAUCGAUCGACGCUUUGCUCCCCACGAAAAUCUGAUUCCGAUCACCGUGUUUUCUUUUUGUUCGAUUAAUGUCGUUCGUUUCUAAAUAAUUUUGAAUAAGAAAACCCCUGUCUGGAUCUGGAUCUCGAUCUUCUGAGAAAAAUUAAAUCCGAUGGAGAAUAGGGUUCAAGAGAUCAUCGAGCAGCAAGUGCUGAGUGUUGCCAAAGCUGUAGAGGAGAAGAUCGAUGAUGAAAUCGCGGCUUUGGAGAAGUUGGAUUUAGACGAUAUUGAGGUCCUGAGAGAGCGCCGAUUGCAACAGAUGAAGAAGAUGGCGGAGAAGCGGAGCCGUUGGGUUUCCCUUGGCCACGGAGAUUACUCUGAGAUAUUCUCCGAGAAGGAUUUCUUCUCCAUUGUUAAGGCCAGCGAUCGCGUUGUUUGCCAUUUCUAUCGUGAAAAUUGGCCUUGCAAGGUAGUGGACAAACACUUGGGGAUAUUGGCAAAACAGCAUAUCGAGACGCGAUUCAUCAAGAUUCAAGCAGAGAAAAGCCCAUUCUUGGCUGAGAAGCUCAAGAUUGUUGUUCUUCCAACAAUUGCUCUUAUAAAGAAUGCCAAAGUUGAAGAUUAUGUGGUGGGGUUUGAUGAGCUUGGUGGGAGUGAUGAUUUUAGCACUGAAGAACUGGAGGAGAGAUUGGGGAAAGGUGAAGUUAUAUUUUUUGAAGGCGAAUCAUCCUUAAAACCAUCAAAAAAGCCUCAAACAAGAAACGUUAGACAUGGCUCCAAGUCUAAUGAUGAUUCGGAUUCUGAGUAAAUGUGCUUUUGGCCUUUUUACCCCUGUCAUGGCUGUAUCUGUAUGGUAGUUUUAUUAAAAAAAAAUGGGCGUAAGCAUAGAGAUUCAGCUCUUAUAUAUGUUUCGUGUAUCAUCACUAGUCCUAAAAUAGAGUUAAUUUUGAAUUAUGGAAUGUUAAUGUUAACUUUUUUGCUCUAUAAUAAACUCAACUGCU